ACGCGGCCCCUCCCGGUAUGGCGGCUCCGGCUAAGCGCGCGCGGGCGAGGUCGCCAGUCACCGCUGCCUCCCCGGUCCUGAGAGCCGCCCCCGCGCCCCUGCCGCUCCCGAAUCCCGGGCGCGGCCACGUCACUUGCUUCUCCCCGCUGGCGGCGGGACCCAGCGGGGGCGAGCCCGACGGCGAUGCGGUGGCCGGCUUCCUGCGCUGGUGCGCGGGAGUGGGGCUGGAGCUGAGUCCCAAGGUGGCGGUGAGCCGGCAGGGCACUGUGGCCGGCUAUGGCAUGGUGGCGCGGGAGAGUGUGCAGCCGGGGGAGCUGCUGUUCGCAGUGCCGCGUUCGGUGCUUCUGUCUCCCCACACCUGUUCCAUCAGCGGCCUGCUGGAGCGAGAGCGAGACACGCUGCAGAGCCUGUCGGGAUGGGUGCCGCUGCUACUGGCGCUGCUCCACGAGCUGCAAGCCCCAGCCUCACCCUGGAUCCCCUACUUCGCGCUCUGGCCAGAGCUGGGGCGUUUGGAGCAUCCCAUGUUUUGGCCAGAGGAGGAGCGGCUGCGCCUCCUAAAGGGUACAGGUGUCCCGGAGGCCGUGGAGAAGGACUUGGUGAACAUCCGCAGUGAAUACCAUUCUAUCGUCCUGCCCUUCAUGGAGGCUCACUCCGAUUUCUUCAGCCCCACUGUUCGCUCUCUGGAUCUCUAUCGCCAGCUUGUGGCCCUUGUAAUGGCUUAUAGCUUCCAAGAACCGCUGGAGGAAGAGGAUGAUGAAAAGGAGCCCAACUCCCCCUUGAUGGUGCCUGCUGCAGACAUACUAAACCAUAUAGCCAGCCACAAUGCCAAUCUAGAGUACUCUGCAGAUUAUCUCCGGAUGGUAGCUACUCAGCCCAUUCCGAAGGGUCAUGAGAUUUUCAACACAUAUGGGCAGAUGGCUAAUUGGCAACUGAUUCAUAUGUAUGGCUUUGCUGAGCCCUACCCCGACAACACAGAUGACACCGCUGACAUUCAGAUGGUGACAGUCCGAGACGCUGCUCUGCAGGGAGCAAAGGAUGAAGCUGAAAGGCAGCUCUUGUGUGAACGCUGGGAUUUCCUGUGCACACUGGAGAUGGUAGGGGAAGAGGGAGCCUUUGUGAUUGGUCGUGAGGAGGUGUUGACUGAAGAGGAACUAGCCACCACACUCAAGGUGCUGUGCAUGCCUGCCGAGGAGUUCCAAGGCUAUAAAGUCCAGGCUGGACGGGGAGAGCAAGAAAGGGAAGAGGACGGUUUGAAAAUCACAAACAUCCCCAAGCUCCAAGUAGCAUGGAGACGGCUUCUUCGAGACAGUGUUCUGUUGACUCUACAGACCUAUGCCACAGACUUAAAAACUGAUCAAGAUUUACUUAGUAAUAAGGAGGUCUACGCCAAGCUCAGCUGGCGGGAACAGCAAGCCUUACAAGUCCGCUAUGGUCAAAAGAUGAUCUUACACCAGUUGUUGGAACUCACAAAUGAGCAGCUUCCCUGAAUGACCAGCAGUGAGAACCUUUUAAGCUUGCGUUUUGUUGCCUGUAAAAGUAGCUGAAGGUAAACUAGGAUUAAUCCAAGGCAAGAGUUACAUGUUGACAUUUUAGGAUUGAGAUUAGCACAUUUGGGACUCGCUGCCAAUUGUUAAGAACAUUCUAUUUUUACUAAUGUCUUCAGAUUUUUAAUAAAAUUUAAUAAAUAUCAA